AUGCGACUGCUAACCAACCCUUCUCCUCCCUGCCAGCACAAAAACACAUACAAAGGCUGUGAGCAAGAGCUCUGGGAACACAGAAAGACAGGGUCCCAGGGCGCGGGGAUGAAUCCAGGGGUAAUGGGAAUGCCGCGUGGUGCAGAAACUUGUACUUCACGUUUUAACAUCACUGCGGUCAGAGGGGAACCUUUCUAUCUGAAAUAUUGCCCAUCAGCAUCUGAGCACAAGAAUGACGCAACCACCAUAAAAUGGUACAAGAGCAGUGGAUCACAUGGGCUCAUUGAGCUAAAUUCAAGCAAUUCACCCAGAAUUAUUCUGCACGAUUAUAUUUUGGAGUUUUGGCCAGCUGAGUUGGAGGACAGUGGAUCUUACUUUUUCCAAAUGGGAAAUGAUACCCGUGAAUGGAAAUUAAAUGUCAUUGCAAGAAGUAAAUACAGCUGUUUUGCUGAAAAACAACUAAUUAGUAAAAUUGUGGAAGUUCAAAAAUCUUUGCAUAUAAACUGUGAACAUACAUACUAUCAAAAACUGUCCAAUAGAACAUCACUGUAUAAGAACUGUGAAAAGAUAGAGAACAAUAAAAACCCAGCUUUACAGAAGAAUGCAGAAUUUAAUGAUCAGGGAUAUUAUACCUGUGUGUUUUUCAUUCAUCAUAAUGGAAAACUAUUUAAUGUCACCAAAACCUUCAAUGUAACAGUAGUUGGAGAUCGCAGUAAAAUAAUUCCUGUUCUUCUUGGACCAAAGCUUAACCAUGUGAAGGUGGAAUUAGGAAAAGAUGUAGAACUCAACUGCUCUGCUUUGGCGAAUGAAAAGGAUGCGGUUUAUUGGAACGUGUGGGAGGAAAAUGGGAAGGAACCUAACGUACAUGAAGAGGACAUAACAAGAAUUAGGACCCUGGAAGGCAAAUUGUAUGCAUCAAGAAUAUUGAGAAUUGAGAAUAUUAAUGAAAAAAAUCUACUUUUUUCAUAUAAUUGCUCUGUGGCCAGCGAGGGAGGCACAGACACCAUCCACUUUGUCUUGCUGAAAAAAGAUAUGGCUGAUAUAUCAGGCUACGUCUUCACCAGAGGAAUGAUCAUAGCUGUUUUGAUCUCAGUGGGAGUUGUGUGCCUAGUGAUUAUAGGUGUCAUUUAUAGAGUUGACUUGGCCCUAUUUUAUAGACAUUGCAUGGGAAAAGAUGAAACAUUGACAGAUGGGAAAACGUACGACGCUUUUGUGUCUUACCUAAGAGAAUGUGGACCUGAGAAUGGAGAGGAGUACACCUUCGCUGUGAAGAUCUUGCCCGAGGUGUUGGAGAAACACUUUGGGUAUAAAUUAUGCAUAUUUGAAAGGGAUGUAGUGCCUGGAGGAGCUGUUGUUGAUGAAAUCCACUCAUUGAUAGAAAAAAGUCGAAGACUAAUCAUUGUCCUAAGUAAAAGCUACAUGUCUAAUGAAGUCAGGUAUGAACUUGAAAGUGGACUCCACGAAGCACUGGUAGAAAGGAAAAUUAAAAUCAUCUUAAUUGAAUUUACACCUGUCAGUGACUUCACGUUCUUCCCCCAAUCACUAAAGCUUUUGAAAUCUCACAGAGUUCUGAAGUGGAAUGCUGAUAAACCUCCAUCGUAUAAUUCAAGGUUCUGGAAAAAUCUUCUUUAUCUGAUGCCUGCAAAAAUGGUCAAGCCAUGUAGAGCUGAAUCUGAAGACUUGACUGUUCUUUCAAAGUUCUGAUCUUUAGGAAACCUGAAUAUAAGAAAGAACUCUUGAUGCUCUGGGCCCAGAGUCGAUGAACCUGUUUUUACCAAAGGGUACUAUUAAAAAUAUUGACCUCUCUGAAAAUCCUACUUACAGUUUGAAGAUGAAAGCUGUCAUUAGGUUGCCAGGAAUAAGACUUGCUCCCAGGGAAACAUGGAAUUCAAAAGCAAUGGAUCUCCCGUUUCUCCCUCCUCCAUAACUGGCUACAGGUGCUCAUUCUCAAUCCAUAUUCAGUAACUGUGAGGCUGGACACGGAGCAAAAUACCUGUGCCUUAUUAAAAGGGCAUAUCUUUAUAUUUUUAAUAUCAGUGAUUGAACUAAAGGAUUUUAAGUUAAUGAAGAGCAUUUUCUAUGAUCCAGUAGGUGACAUAAUAACGGGAAUGGGGCCUUCACUGUAGCACAGGGCAGCCUACCUCUAAGCACCAUGGACAGUGCCUGGGAAGUGGCAAAAGGCUGCUGGGGCUGUGUACAUUAGGGGACCAAGGCGUGGCAGGGCCUCAGCCUCAGGACACAUUUAAUGUGUUUCAGCUGCAGCUGCAAGCAAAGCACUGAAAAGGGCUUGCUUAAUUGGGCCUGUUUGGAGGGAACUUCCCCAAAUUGUUUUAUUAUUCAUGAAAGACACACAUUUUAAUUAAGGUAAUUCUGUUGGGUUUUUCAAAACUGGCCUAAAACAUUUAUUUAUUUAACAGGUAUGUUUACAGGCAGGGUAGAUGCCAAAUCAUAUUUUCCAUAUUAGCCAUUAGUCACUAUUAUCUGUUAGCCACAGUAAAUUAUGGUAGUUACUUGCUUGAAUUUUUUAAAAUGACAUAUUUAACAUGCCUUUAAAGUGGAGGUGGCAUGGCAUGAUGGUUGAGC